GAAAGACAUUGCGGGUGAAUGAGAAAUCAAGAAAGGGAGCGAGAGAGAAAGAGGGAGGGGGAAAUAAACUGACCAUGGAUUUUUCCUUUUCUCUUUUCUCUAUUUCUCUUCUCAGCUCACUGACCCAACUGCAGCUGCAAACGCAACAAGUACUAUCGCACAAUGUUUGGGUCCCUCCUCCUGCUUGGCUGUCUGUUUCUACAUCUGGUAGUCUCGAUACCUCAACCGGCCUGCCGUCAAUGCUGUGACCACCUCCCACCACUAGAUGACGCUGCGACGCUCAGAGAAAGCAUGCCUGUAAUGCCUGAGGUCCGCACAUACAUCAACAUGACCAUUCUCAAAGGUGACAAAGGUGACCGUGGAGAAAGAGGAACUCCUGGGAAGCCUGGGAUUGAGGGUUCCUCGGGACCACGGGGGAAUGAAGGCCUCAAAGGAGAUAAGGGACAGGCCGGAGCUCCAGGUGAUGCCUGCAAAUCCCAGCAUUCUGCUUUCUCAGUGGGCCGACGGAAGUCCCUUCACAGCAUUGAAAACUACCAGGCCCUGACCUUCGACACCAUCUUCGUGAACUCCCCCGAACACUUCGACAUGUUUGCUGGGAAGUACCGCUGCCAAACCCCAGGAAUCUACUUCUUCAAUGUGAACAUCCACACGUGGAACCUCAAGGAGACGUACCUGCACAUCAUGCACAACAACAGCGCGAAGGCCAUCGUCUACGCUCAGCCCAGCGACCGCUCCAUCAUGCAGAGCCAGAGCGUCAUGCUGCCUCUGCAGGAGGGCGACGAGGUCUGGGUGCGUCUCUACAAACGUGAGCGCGAGAACGCCAUCUAUAGCGACGAUGUGGACAUUUACAUCACCUUUAACGGUUACCUCAUCAAACCAGAAACUGAGUGACACCAGAAACGGCGAUGGGAAGGAGUGAAAGGGAUGUUUAUGGACACGAAGUUUGAAAAUGUGCCAAAGCUUUAACAAGAAUGAAAAACAUCCAAACAUUUCAUAUUCGAUUUCUGCAGUCCAAACAAAAUUCCUAAUGCAGAGAAAUCUGAUCUUUCUACUUCAGUGUGGGGUCUUAUUUGAAGAGAACCGGGAAAGUUGUGUUCACUUUAGCAA